GCGUGUUGCUGAGCCGGAAAAUGCGCGCGUAAACCGUGUUAGAUGUGUGAGAAAAUUGUGGCCCGCAACGGGAAAAUUGGCAGAGCAAACAAGCAAGUGUGUAGCGUGCCUGUGCCAUGUGCCUGUGUUUGUGGAGUGCGUGAAUGAAGUGCCACGGAAUCGUAGCGGAAAUCAUUUGCUGGCCCAUCGCCUGGCCAGUCAGUGCGGGUAAUUACUCCGGCUAAUACACUAUCUUGGCCAGCCUUGUAAACGGUGCGCUGUGCCGUUGCGGUCGUGGAUGAUGCGGCUGGCGCUGGCGGUGCCAGGAGCACAGUUCCCGGGCCAUAAUUGUCGGUUGAAUGACUCUCGAUGCGAUAGCAAUAACAGCGAAAUCAGCUGCGGCGCCAACCAUAAUAUUCAUCACGUUCCCAUUUGACGGAGAGAAAUACCAGCAGCAACAGCAACAGCAGCGAACAAUUGCCAACAGCACCACCGCUAAAUUUCGGACAUUGACAUUGCGACAUGUUAGCAAGGGCAAAGCGAACCGACAACACAACAACAACAACAGCAGCAGCAACAACAAAAAUACAACUAUCGUCAGCAACAUUUAAUAAACCAAAAGCAACAAGUAAAGGGGGGAGAGGAUCAUCGGGAUUAGCUGCGGGAAAAGAUGGUUCUCAGCACCGAAUGGUCGCAGGUCGAGGUUAUCGAUCUGAUCAACGAUGGCAACGGCCUGGGCUUCAUCCUCGUCGGUGGGCGCAGCACCGGUGUGGUGAUCAAGGCUCUGACGCCGGGGGGCGUGGCCGAGCGGGACGGGCGACUGCAGCUGGGCGAUCACCUGCUGCAGAUCGGGGAGGUCACACUGCGGGGCUACAGCUCGGAGCAGGUGGCAACAGUUCUUCGUCAGACCGGAGCUCAGGUGCGUCUGAUAGUGGCGCGGCCGGUGGAGCCGACGGCCAUCGAUUACCAAACGCUGGCCUGUCAGGCGCCGAUUAUACCAACUAAGCUCCUCUCCGACCCGGAAGAACUGUCGCGUCAUCUCUUCCAGAAUCCGAGUUUUGCCACUGCCGCCGCCGCAGCAGCCGCAGUAGCAGCAGCAUCGGCAGCAGCAGCAGCAGCAGCAGCAGCGGCUGCAGCAGCGGGAUCCAGCAGCGGCGCCGGCUUGGAUGUGGCCAGUCUGGUGGGUCUGGUGCGCGGCGGUCCCGCCGAGGGCUCAGAACUGUCCGCCGUGGAACCGAAUCAGGUGGCCCAGCUGCAGAUCACCGAGCUGGGCGACCUGGCUGACUUCCCACUGCCUCCGAUACCGGGCGGCAAUGCGCCGCUCACGGAAUCCAGUGCCGGGCAACGACCUUGUCCGCGCCUGGAUCUGGACAUAGUGCCCUUCUCGAUACUAUCGCCCCCGCCACGUCCCGCCCUGCAGCUGCUGCCCCUGGAGACCCAAUGGCGAUCCGUUCAGGACCACAACCAGAACCAGAACCAGCACAUAGAGACUGUGAUAGCCGACAGCAAACGAAGCAAGCUGUUGGCCAACGAAGAUGGCGGCUGCGGCGGUUCCGCUUCCGGUUCCGGCUCGGGUUCCGGCUCCCCCGACUCCUACAUGGACUCCCCGGAAACGGAAACCUACGUGGUGGAGCUGCACAAGAAUGUCUACGGCCUGGGAAUAACCGUGGCCGGCUAUGUUUGCGAGGAGGAGGAUCUCUCGGGGAUUUUCGUGAAGAGCAUCAUCGAAGGCAGUGCCGCGGAGACCAGUGGUCAGAUCCAGAUCAACGAUCGCAUUGUGGCCGUGGACGGCAGGUCCCUGUCGGGGGUGACCAAUCACCAGGCAGUGGAGCUGCUAAGAAACACCGACAUCGUGGUCCAUCUGACCCUGGAGCGAUUCCUGAGAGGCAGAAAGUACGAGCACUUGCAAGUGGCGCUCACGGAAAUCAAAGGCAGUUCCGCGCCCUCCGGCUUUGAUAGAGGCCAGGACAAAGACCCGGACCAGGAGUCGCAACUGUCCAUGCCCGGUUCCCCCUCGAUAGCCACCUUGAGUUGGCUGCCACCCAAAUCGCUGGACGCCGAUUCCAUAGCCACCGAAGGCGACGAGGCCGUGGAUGCGGAGGAUGUGGGCGUUUCGGGGGCGGAGGAUGAGUGCAUCGAACUGCCAUCGCGGGACACCGUGGAGUCGAACAUGUCGCACGUGCUGGACCGCAGUGAUCACAGUGGCGGAGUGAUAAAGCCCACGAUCAGUCCGAUGGCUCCGCUCACCAAUGGCCGGAGUCUGAACCUGGCCGAUGACAGUGGCAAUGACACCGACGAGCAGUGUCCGGAGCCCGAAACGGAAACGGCAAGGGCCAGAAAGGGAUCGAGGCCAGAGGUGGAGCGGGGUAUUAAGCCCCUUGACCUUGAUCUGGAUACCGAUCCCGGCCAGAUGCCAACGCCCACGAACGAGGCACCCGUGAAAGUGGCCAGCCCGACCGCCGCCUCGCUGCGCGUGGCCUGGAAAAGUCUAGGGAUCAGCCUCGAAGGCACCGUGGACGUGGAGUGCGGCAUUGAGAAGCGUCCGCAUCACUAUAUCCGCUCCAUACUGGCCGACGGGCCGGUGGGUCGCCAGGGCAUCCUGCGGCCGGGAGAUGAGCUCCUCCAGGUGAACGAGCACAAGCUCCAGGGACUGCGCCACAUCGAUGUGGUCAAGAUCCUCAAGGAGUUGCCCGCUAGGGUUAAGUUGGUCUGUGCCCGCGGCACUCGCGUUCCGUCGGUCAUAAAUACCUCGCAAAAUCCGGAGGCCUUUGAAACUCGCAGCCUUUUGCCCGGUGGCCACCAGAGCCUCCAGAAUCUGCUCAGCAAGGCCCAAUCGGAGAGCUCUCUCUACACGUCCAGCACGGCGACUUUAACGGAUGCAGGAGCAGCUGGCGGAGCCGGAGGAUCGGGAGGAAAUGGAGGAGCUCGCUCGAAAUCCCUGGAGAACGUAUCCGGACUGGCUCUGUGGAGCUGCGAAGUGACCGCCGUGGAUAUCGAAAAAACGGAACAUGGCUUCGGGUUCUCCAUACUGGACUACCAGGACCCCAUGGACUCCGAGGGCAGUGUGAUCGUGAUUCGCGGCCUGAUACGCGGUGGUGCUGCGGAGGCAACCAAUGAGAUAUACCCGGGCGAUCGUCUGAUGAGCGUGGGCGAUCGCCUGCUCCAGGGCCUCGAGCUGGACGAGGCGGUGUCCAUCCUGAAGGCCAUGCCGCCGGGACUCACCCGGCUGGGCAUCUGCCGACCCCUCUCCGCCUCGGACAGCAACAGCAAUAGCAACAUAGCCUCGCCGCUCGGCGAUUCGGCCAGCACAUAGUGGCAGCCCCUCCCCGACGGCCAUCAGGAGUCGGAGACAGAACUGGAAUCGGAUGCGGAAGCGGAAGCAGAGCAGGAACUGGAGCAGAUCGCAUUGUAUUUUAUGACCCUAAUAUCGGCCAUAUGAACACAUCACGACCAGCAGCUACAAAAUUGGAAUUCUAAAUGCAACAAAAUAGAGAAGUCUGCAGCAUAAAUCAGCGAAUCUGGGCAUUGGAACAAUUUGUACAUAGUAUAUAACCAAAUCCGCACAUUGCCAGAAUCGAUUAACUAUACACGAGCUAGGUAAAAUUGAUAGCCCAAGCCUGAACACCAAAAAUGCAUAAAUAAAUAAAUUGAAAGGCACGCAACGAUUCUAAAAAUAUCACAAAUUGUUGUAUCAAUAAAUUAUUAAUAACAAUUUCUGCGGACAAGCUGUAACAAAAAGGUUGACAACAUCAAAUAAAGUUGAACAUCAACACAGAAAAAACACACACCAAAUUCCGAAUGAAAGCAACGAGGAGGGGAAUUUAUUCAUACACAAAUAUUGCAAAACAUUUUUCCAGUUUAGUAUGCAUAUGUCGAGGCCAUGAUGGCAAUAAUGAUAGCACCCCGGUAGUUCCCACAUAUCCACCCAAAAAAACCACACCCCCGCCCACCCUAGAAGUCCGCUGUAAAUAUUCGAGAGAUUAUUUUUAUUGUCCUUUUCAACUUUACGUAGCAUAAAUUUACAAUUUCUAGCUUGUAAAUCAUUUACAUAUACUUAAAUAGGUAAGGCUGUGCGGCUGGGCGUGGCAGUUUGCUUUUCUUAAGAGUAAACCUUAAGUAGAUAACACUCAUACCCUCAAGAGCUUGGGGACAUUUUUCAAAUUGUAUAGGAAAUGAGAGUUGCAAAAUUGCAUAGAUUCUUGCGAUUAGUUGUGCGUAUAUACGAUUACAUAUACCUAUUUAUAGAUACUACAAAUUCUAUGCCUAUGAAUAUAAUAAUAUAUAUUUACAAUUGACGACCAAGCAAAAGUAAAACUUUAACUUUAGUAACAAGUCAAACACAAAACACACUAUUGAACAAAAAAACACACAAAACUGAACUAAAGUAGAUUGAAAAUUAAGACAUUGUUAAAAGUGGUGAGAAGAACUAAUGUAAGGACUCAAGAAGAGACCCUAUUUCUUUUCACCUCUGGCAGCAUAGAACAUUUAAAAAAUAAAACAAAAGCUUGUUAGUGAUACUAAUUUUAAACGGAAAAACAACAAAGCAAAUGAUUAAUAAAAAAAAACAAACCUCGUUUGAUAAUUCUUAGCGAAUCUAAAAGUGUUUACAUUGUUACGAACUUUCUGUUAAAAGAUUCUUUGUUAUUAAACUGACUUCGAUUUCAUGUGUAUAUAGAGUACUUGAACACAUCAAUAAGAUGCUUAAGCUAUCUCAACUGAAUAACUGAAAAAUAUAGAAUUAGAUAACAACUCAUACAGUGCGAUUCAGAGCUUCAAAAGUAUUAGAGUAGUUUGAUAAUUAAAUAAAUGUCCAAAUUUAUUUGAAAUCAAUAAAUUUAAAUUUGUUUGACUUGCUUUAUUUUUAAAAAUCGUAUUCUUUUUAUUCAGUAAAUAUUUCACUAACAAUAUGACAAAUUUUAUAAAUUCCCCAAAAAGAUAAAUCCAAGUUGUAAACAUUUUUGCUUUUAUCCCACUUUUAUACUGAAAAUGUUAUCUGAUUUGUUGCAAUGAAACGCACUGUCCAUACGUAUACCAAUUAACACAAAGACAUAGAGACAUUAAAAAACUCAUGCACUUUUGCUUAUGGAAACUACUUUAUUUUGCAGAUGAAAUAAGAAAAUGUUCCACGCAAAUCUAGCAAAAAAAUACAUAAACACUAUCUAUAUAUCUAUCAUACAGCCACACUACCACACAGAAACACCACACACACACACACACGUAUAUAACUACACGCACAUCAAUGAAAGAAGCAUAAUAUCUGCAACAAUUUACCAAUUAGAAUUAAAAAUUAAUGGAAAAAACACUGUCUGAGCAAAAACCAACUAGCUAAAGCAAACGACUAAAACCACACUCAAUGUAACAAUGAACAAGAAUCGAAUCAAAUCGAAACACGAGACACGAAAGGCAACGCAGAUUAAAAUUGAAAUGAAUAUGCAAAUUUGGCAAAAAACAUAGGCUACAUUAGACACAAGAGUAUGUAAAUUGACGAAACGUUCAAUAAACGAAAGCGAAAAAUAUAACAAAAGUAUUAAUACACGUA